AUGUAAAAUUAAUCACUUGAUGAAGUCUUAAAAUAAAAUUAGGAAUUAAAAGAAUUAUUGCUUAAACUAAAUUAAGAUAAACAAAUGUUUGAAAAGAAAGUCUAAAGAAAAACAUAAGAAUUAUAAAAAUUAAAAUAAUCAUAUGAAUUUCUUAGUGACAAAAUAUUGACAUAAAAGCACUUAUUAGGAAAUGUAGAAGCUGAAUAAGAUUAAUUAUUACAAUUAAUAGUAGAAUAAUUGAUUUCAAUGAUUGGAUAAAAAUAAGAAGGAACAUCUAAUAGUCCAUGUACAAAUGAUAUUUGUAAAGUGAUGCAAGUUUAAUUACAAUAAAAUCAAGAAUAAUAAAAAUAAGAUUUUUUAUAUUAUUCUAAAAAGAUUAGAUAAAAUGAAGAAGUAUUAUAAGAAAUUAAAUAAAAAUAUGAAAAUCAAAUAAAAGAAUUGAAUGAAUAGAAUUAGAUUUUAAAGCAUAAGUUAGAUUUUUUGAUAGGCAAAACUGUAUAUUAUCAUGAGGCAAUAUUAGAUUUAAAUUAAUAAGUGAGUGAAGUUCAUUAUUUAAGGAUUUCAUUAUAAGAGAAUUAAAAGAAAGUAGAAGAAGAUUUAAUGGCUAAAAGUUAAUAGAAAAUAGCUUAAUUGGAAGUUCGAAAUAAUUUUCUAAUUGAUUAAGUAAAGAGUAUGGAAUAAGAAUUAGUAAUGGUAGAAAAAUUAGUAACAAACAUUGAAUAGUAAACAAUGUAAACAAAGAAAAGAGGGAAAUGA